ACCAGAUUCUCUCAGUAAUCUCAAAUUCUUGACUCAAUUAGACCUCAGCUAUUGCAACUUGUCAGGAUCAUUACCAUCCUCACUUUUGAACCUUACCAAACUGCAAUAUCUGUAUCUUUCAUCCAAUAAAUUGAGCGGCCCAAUUCCUUCAUCAUUGUUUUCACUCCCAUCAGUACAUACACUGGACCUCACAGGUAACCAACUUAGUGGUCCACUUGGUGGGUUCCAUAAUGCCUCUUCUUCACAGCUGAAGAUCCUCUCUUUGGAUAGCAAUAAAUUGCAGGGGAUGAUACCCAGAUUUAUCUUUCAACUUACCAAACUUCAACUACUUUACCUUUCUUCUAAUAAUUUCAGUGGUGUUGUGGAGCUAGGCUUAUUUCAAAACCUCAAAAAACUUUUCUAUCUGGAUCUUUCAGAUAACAACUUGUCAGUCCAAGAUGGCAGUGGUAAUUCCACCUUUGUUUCUAUCCCCCAGAUUGAAUAUUUGUUGUUACGUUCUUGCAACAUCAGCACAUUUCCAAAUUUCUUGAGAAAUCAAGAGCAGUUGGGGCAAUUGGACCUUUCCGAUAAUAAAAUUAGUGGUGAAAUACCUAAAUGGAUAUGGGAGGUUGGCAAUGUGUCUUUAAACUAUUUAAAUCUUUCUCACAAUGGUCUACAAGGAAUAGAACCAUCUCCCCAUGUUUUGUUGAGUGCCUUGCAAUACCUUGACCUUAGCUCCAACAAGCUAGAAGGUUCACUUCCUAUCCCACCACCUUCCAUUAUUUUCUUUUCAGCUUCAAACAACAGCCUUGGUGGUGAAAUCCCUCGAUCAGUUUGCAAUGCAGCAUCCCUAACCAUCCUUGAUUUAUCUCACAAUCACUUCAUUGGUCGGAUUCCAUCAUGUUUGGGUGAGAUUGGUGGUACACUUAGUGUGUUGAAUCUUCAAGGAAAUGCUUUCAAUGGCACCUUGCUUCAGACAUUUAAAGAGGAAUGUAACAUACAAACGCUUGAUCUCAGUGAGAAUCAAUUAGAGGGCCAAGUGCCAAGGUCUUUGGCUAAUUGCAAAAUGUUGGAGCUACUAAACCUGGGAAACAAUCAAAUCCAUGACACCUUCCCUUUAUGGUUGGGAGCUUUGUCCUAGUUGCGUGUUCUCAUCUUGAGAUCCAACCAAUUUCAUGGCACCAUUGCGCAUCCUCUAACAAAUCACCCUUUUCCACUGCUACAAAUUUUCGACCUCUCUUUCAAUAGAUUUGAGGGUAAUUUUCCAUCAAAUAUGUUCAAGAGUUGGAAGGCAAUGAUGGAAGAGGACAAAUCCCAAUCCUUGGUCCUUGGCAAAAUGAUAUACAGUAGCGGAAGUCCCAUAUACUAUCAAAACAAAGUGUCUUUAGUCAGCAAAGGGCUACAGAUGGAAGUAGUAAAGAUCCUUAUGGCCUUUACUGUAGUGGAUCUCUCGGAAAACAAAUUUCAUGGGGAUAUCCCAAAAUCAAUUGGGGAUCUAAAGUCACUCCUUGUGCUCAAUAUGUCCAACAAUGAUUUAACUGGCGGAAUUCCAACAUCAUUUCAGAAUCUAAGGGAUCUAGAGUCAUUAGAUCUCUCACAUAAUAAAUUGUCUGGAGAGAUCCCUUGGCAGCUAACAGAUCUAACAUUCCUCGCAGUGUUGAAUCUCUCACAGAAUUUCCUCGUGGGAAAAAUACCACAAAGCCGGCAGUUUCUUACAUUUAACAGCGAAUCAUUCAAAGAGAACGCAGGAUUGUGUGGACCUCCACUAUCAAAGAAAUGCGAAGAUGCAGAGAGUGCACCACCGUCCCCUCUGUCAACAUUGCAAUCUGAAAGGAAAUAUGAUUGGGAAUUAAUGUGGAUAGGAUUUGGAGUUGGACACAGAGUAGGUGUAGGGAUGCUUUUCUGGACCCUAGCACUUUGGAGGAAGGGAAGGAGAGAAUUCUAUAUAUUUAUUGAUAGAAUGCUUUCCUUAAUUUUUCCUUCCGUGGUGUUUCCUAAAUAGCAAUGACGGUGAGAUGAUUGGAGCUAGGGUAAAUAUGUUUGUACAGUUCAUGUCUACAAAAAAAAAAGAAGAAGCUUUAGUUGUUUUCUCCUUUUUGUAAAUUUGUGUAUUUUGCUUGGUCUAUAUGAUAUGUGUGACUGUUGUUUCUUGUAUUUGCACCUACUUGAAUGGCUGUACAUAACCAUUUUCAAAUCAAUAAAAUUACAGGU